CAGAAAAUGCAGAAAAGUUCCCUGCGCAAGAGGGGGCGCGAUCUGGCUCGGCCAAAGCAGCAACCGUAAGACCCUUCUUGCCGCGCCCGAUUGCCUCGUUCUGCGCCCAGCCAGGCGUCCCAAAGCGGGGCAGGAGCCGUUUGCCCCCCCCCUCCCCAUUCCUGGGACCUGCGCGUCUCUUCCCUCCCACCCUUCUGGACCAAGGAAUAACCGGAGGUCGUCUCCUUCCUCGCCCUUGCGAUCCUGUCUCUUUCCUCGCCUUGCGCAUCCCGGGAUCUCCCUGCGCCCAUGGCAGCGCGCAAGAGUCGGCCCAGCUGACUGCAGGCUUUGCGGCGUCUCUUGGAUUUGAGAAAAGUGAAAGGAGUCUUUUGUAUGCCAGUUGUUGGGCAAUGGUGGCAGGAAGAUGUUGGCCAGGAAAAGCAUCAUCCCAGAAGAAUAUGUUCUUGCCCGCAUUGCAGCUGAGAAUUUGGGCAAGCCCCGCAUCCGAGACCGCCAACGCAAAGCCCGCUUCAUUGCCAAAAACGGCGCGUGCAACUUGGCCCACAAGAACAUCCGCGAGCAGGGACGAUUCCUGCAAGACAUCUUCACCACCCUGGUGGACCUGAAAUGGCGCCACACUUUGGUGAUCUUCACCAUGUCCUUCCUCUGCAGCUGGUUGUUUUUCGCCAUGAUGUGGUGGCUGGUGGCUUUCGCCCAUGGAGACAUGGAUAAGCCUUGCAGCAAUGAAGACAUCGACAAAUGGAAACCGUGCAUCACCUGCAUCAGGUCCUUCGUCUCUGCUUUCCUCUUCUCCAUUGAGGUCCAGGUCACCAUUGGUUUCGGGGGAAGGAUGAUGACCGAGGAAUGUCCCAUAGCCAUCAGUGUUUUGAUCCUCCAAAACAUUGUGGGCUUGAUCAUCAAUGCGGUCAUGUUGGGUUGUAUCUUUAUGAAAACCGCCCAGGCCCACCGGAGAGCAGAAACAUUAAUCUUCAGCCGGAACGCGGUCAUCGCUGUCCGUAAUGGCCACCUGUGUUUCAUGUUCCGCGUAGGGGACCUAAGGAAAAGCAUGAUCAUUAGUGCCUCAGUACGAAUCCAGGUUGUCAGGAAGACCACCACUCCAGAAGGAGAAGUCAUCCCAAUCCACCAGCUCGACGUUCCAGUAGACAAUCCUCUUGAAAACAACAAUAUUUUCUUGGUGGCUCCGUUGAUCAUUUGUCAUGUCAUUGAUAAGCGGAGUCCUCUGUAUGACAUCUCCGCCAACGACCUGGCCAACAAAGACCUAGAAAUCAUUGUCAUACUUGAAGGUGUGGUGGAAACCACUGGAAUCACCACCCAAGCCAGAACGUCCUACAUAUCAGAAGAGAUCCUCUGGGGACAUCGCUUUGUGCCCAUCGUCACGGAAGAAGAAGGGACGUAUGCGGUGGACUACUCCAAAUUUGGCAACACCAGCAAAGUUGCGGCGCCCCGCUGCAGUGCCAAGGAGCUGGAUGAGAAGCCCUCCAUUCUCAUCCAGACCCUCCAGAAAAGUGAGCUGUUCCAUCAAAACUCUUUGAGGAAACGUAACUCCAUGCGAAGGAAUAACUCCAUGCGGAGGAAUAAUUCAAUCCGGAGGAAUAACUCUUCCUUCAUUGUGCCUAAAGUCCAGUUCAUCACACCGGAAGGCAACCAGAACCCCAUGGAAACAUGACAGACCCAACCAGUCAUAUUCGGUGGGCCUGCAAAAACCGGGCUUUAUCUUUGUUAUAAUAUUAGUAUUAAUUUGAUAUAAACAUUUAAUAGCUAUUAAGGGUUAUUUAUUAUAUGCAAAUGUGGGUUGUAGCUGAGGCCAUUAUUAAUAGGUGGACCAACGUUUGCAUGUCCUCAACCAACCAACACAACUGAGGCCAAACUUUCUGCUUUUAAGCGAGAACGUUAUUAAAUAUCGCCCCCGUUUUAUGAACUUCUUUGCCACGGUUGGUAAGUGGAUCACUGUAGUUAUUAGGUCAGUGUUUCUCAACCUUGGCGACUUUCAGUCCUGUGGACUUCAACUCCCAGAAUUCCCCCAGCCAGCCA